AUGUCUUCGGGAGGAAAAUCUGGAGGUAAAGCUGCUGCCACUGCAACCUCGAAACUUAGUAGCUCAUCGCGUUCAGCCAAAGCAGGACUUCAGUUCCCGGUUGGUCGUAUUCACCGUCUACUACGUAAAGGAAAUUAUGCACAAAGAGUUGGUGCUGGUGCUCCAGUUUAUCUUGCUGCUGUACUUGAAUACCUCGCCGCAGAAAUUUUAGAACUUGCAGGUAACGCUGCUCGUGACAACAAGAAAUCGCGUAUUAUUCCUCGCCAUCUCCAGCUUGCAAUCCGUAAUGACGAAGAAUUAAAUAAGUUACUUGGUCACGUUACGAUCGCUCAAGGAGGUGUACUUCCGAACAUUCAUCAAAACCUCUUGCCGAAGAAAGGAAAGAAAGGAACUGGUGAACCUGAAGCUUAA